UCAAAUUAUCGGCAGUCUCGAAAAGAUCCGGUCAAAGGACAUGCUUUUAGAUAUUCUGUGAACAGGUUACGAAAAGUACAAGAAUCGGCGACAGGCCGAUCAGGCUUACUCUUCAGCGCCGCCAUCACCAUUUCAUGUUUUGUUAUGUAAGACAUUCUGUGGUGUAAAACCAUGUUAACCGCAAUCUGAAGGUUUCUCUGGCUUCUUAACUCCAAAGCUAAUAAAUAGAAAUUGUUUGUGGACGACGAGAAUUGAAGUCAAAUUUGUGACUCACGGUGCACACCAAUGGUUUUGGUACCAUAUUGCUUCUGCAUCCUGUCCAUUGAUGUUUGGCCCAUGGUUGAACUGGAAAACCGUGUUAUCAAUCACCGAAAAGCUUACAAUUCACACUCCGCUCUUUAGAACCGAACGAUCUGCAUCUGUUGGACAGGGAUCGAGGAGUUGAUAAAGAAAGUACGACUAUGAGGUCUCGUAUUUCAUCACCGAUAUUUGUGCAAUGUCUGAGAAGAUAGCCGUAAUUUUAUCAUGGGAUCACGUAUUAGGUCUACACCCAGCACAUUGCUGGAGUGCUGGUGUGAGGUUGUGGCUGGGCAAGGGCCUGAUCAGCCCCCCUGGAUUAUACAGAAAUUUCCCAGCACUUAUGAUGACCAUAGCACUCUUAACAGCGUUCCACAGUUUGUCUUCCCCUGCAAGAUAGAAACGAAUGUGGUGCAGAACUUUUCAUUUGUUCUGACAGCAUUGGAUUCAAAAUUCACUUUUGGAUUUUGCCGACACUCUCCUAAUGCACAGUCUGCCAUAGUUAUACUUUCCUUCCUGCCAUGGGAUAGCACAUUCUACAAGAUCAUGAACUUGUGUAGUGAGCUUCAGAGUUCUGAAAAUCCUGAGGAUGUGUGGUCAUUCUUAAAAGCACUCUACAACACCCCUGUACCUGAGCCAGGCUCAGAUUUGGCUUUCUCUUAUCCUCCUGCCAAUAAGAUGUUUGUGGCAAAAUGCCCGGACCAUCUCUCCCUGCCGAGUUUGCCUGACAACCGCAAUCUCUUGGAAUACAUCAACGCAGUGAGCACCGAGACGAUGAUGGUCGUGUUUGCAAGUUUACUCUUUGAGCGCCGGAUUCUGAUCUCCUCCCGCCACCUGCACCGAGUGUCUGCUUGUGUUCAGGCCGCCAACGCUCUGCUGUACCCCAUGACCUGGCAACACAUCUACAUCCCCAUCAUGCCAGAGCUGCUGCUAGACUACCUCCUUGCGCCCAUACCAUUCCUCAUCGGCGUGCCAGACGUCCUCAUGAAGAAAGUGAGUCUGGAUGAGGUAGGCGACGUGGUCUAUCUCAACGCAGACACGAACGUGAUCAGGACGCCGUUCAACGACCUCGCUGAGCUGCCCAACGAAGUCUGCUCUCAGCUCCGGCGCAGGCUCAGUCAGCCCGGCCAGGGCAUGGGAGACAGCGUGCCUAGAGCCUUCCUCAGGGCUCUUGUCAUGCUAAUAGGCAACUACCGGGAUGCAUUGCAGUUCAAUGAAGAAGACAGAAAAGUAUUCUUUAAUGCCGAUAAAUUCGUGGCCAGUCGGCCGCAGCAUCUUCAGGUUUUCGUGACCAAAAUGCUGGAGCUGCAAAUAUUUAGUCAGUUCAUCGAGGAGCGGCUGGAUCUUGUGAACAAAGGCGAGGCGAAGAGCGACGAGUUCGAGAUGGAGGUGAGCGUGCAUAGUGACCGACCGCGCAAGAACUACCAGCACCUCGUACAUGCAGUGAAGAAGGAGGGCGGCGCCAUCGUCAAGAACUUCAAAAGCAAGACCAACCCUGCGGUCAAGUCUGCCGUCAAGAGUGUAAGCAAGAGCAGCAAGCAGGUACGGGAGCGCGGCGCUGAGAAAUACAAGGAAAUUAAAGGCAAGAUGAAGCUGCCUGCUGGACGCUCUCCUGAACACAUCGUCUGGAGUGCACCUGAUUUGCCUGAACACUCGCCACCUCCGUCACCACCAUCUCGGCUGCCCACCAACCGCCCCAACAUGGAAGUUACCUCUAAAGUUACUUAUAAGCGACCUCUUCCGAACAACCGUGCACCGAGUGACCAGGACGGUGUUCCCUCCAGCAGGUCUUCCUCCUCCUUCAGGUCCCCGGACUCCCCGGGCCACACGCCCGCCCCGCACUCCAUCGACCUCGUCGGCGAAUUGGAGCAGGAGCUUCUGUGCCGCUUGUCGGAGCCUAGUGCUCUCUCCAGCCGGCCUUCUCUCUCCACUCCAUUUUCCUCCUCCACUUCCACCACCAACACCACCUCUACGACUGGCGGGCAACCCGCCAUCCUAAAUGGCAGUAGGCGGCGGAGUGUGACUCGUCCCACCGUCCUACCGCCACCCAUACCCACCGUCAUCCCGCCACCAGUGCCCGCUGCCCGUGCCCACACCACACUGGGCAGCACGCGGGGGCACGACAAAGAGUCGCCCACCUCACAGGGGCUCGUGGUUACGAAGGCAACAAGUGCAAGCCUCACGUCACUCAUCUCAAUCGACGUGAGUCUCGAUAUCGAGCUUCCUCCUCCCAUCACCUGCCAAAUACUGCCCAUCGCAUCCCAAACGCUUCCUCACAAACAUCGACUCAACCAAGAUCACGAAUUAACGAACUCCGAGGAACGGGAGCGCUUCCACCGCCACUACUACCGCUCGCCAAAGCAGCUAGGCGGAGGCCAGUUGCAGUACAACACCUUACCUCGAUCUCUUUGCAGUUCAGACUCCCCUACUAAUGGUAAGGCCCAGAGAAGUGCUUUCGGGACGUCCCAAAACACUGGUAGCAAUACUACAGGACGAGUAUAUAAUUCUCUCGGAAUCACAGCGCGAUCCUCGGCUGAUGCCAGCCAACCUACGGUGCCUCGCGAUCGAGACGUGGUCAGCUUGUAUGGUACCGCGGAUGAUUUUAAAACACGAAUGCUUUACCCUAAGCAUGUUCAAGACUCAUCAUCGUUCACCAGAAAAACCGGUUGUCAGCGAACACUUGUUAAUCAAACCAAUGCUGCAAAAACCGACGACAUCCUCCUGCCUGAAGUUCUUAAGAGGCAUGAAAACCUGACAUCGUCAAAUACGGUGGGCAGCAAUAUUGCCAUGUCGGCUGAACAGAAAAUUAAUCGAGUCGGCGUUUCGGGACCGUCGAAUGCCGGGACAGAAAUCGGUAUCACCAAGGCCCCCAAUAGCGAACAAGUAAGAGCCAUCACCCCAAAGGCAUCGCAUUACCUAGACAGAAGUGUGUCGUUCAACUCUCCAUGUUCUGUGUACCGUCCGCGUGGUGUGAAGAGUGUCACUAGCGUGGGUGCCACUAGCACUGAAGUGUCGCACUGCUAUUCAACGCUUGGUAGACUUAAGGAUAUCCCUAAAUAUGAUGCCAGUCGCGCUUUUUCCGACUCUCUAGCGGCCUUCACCUCUCGCGGCAACAACAGUGAGUAUUUUUACUCGACCCUCAGUCGAUCCAGGGGCGGAAGUCUUGCGCACAUUGACAACGACAACUUGGAAGCUAGUGACACUUGUCCCGAGCUUCAUCACUCCCUUAGAAACUCCUCGUUUCAACAUCAUGGGGCGACAACCUUCCGACUGGGCCCGUAUCGUGGGCGCUACUUCGAGACAACCAGGGACGGGGUAAGAACCGACUCCAAGGCGCCGGACAUCAUGACCAUGAGCCUGCCUCCAGGCCUCUCUGAUAUAAACUCCUUGCCCUCUAACUAUGGAGCGGCAAACUCGUCUCAAGGCUUACCCUCAUAUUCUCCUCACUGCCCUCUCCUCAGUUCCACAGUCGCCACUCGUAAGAGUACAACUAACAAUCUUGAUUCUUUCACUAGCUUGCCUCAUUCUUUGACUGCGCCAAAGCGUUCAAACGAGCCAUUUCCCUUGCUGCCUAACCGUACCUCAAGUCUUUUUCCCUCUGAAAUCCCUCGUAGCGAAACCAAGUGCUCUAACCCCUCCGUGCUGAAGGCCCCUUGUGCCCCUCCCCGGACUUCUUCGCUGGAUUCUCCCAUGGGCGUUUUCGGCAGGCUAUCAGAGGACCGCGACCUGAUCCUCCUCGGGUCUCCUCUGGAGGAAGAGUUCGACCCCCUCAUGAGUAAGAGUGUGGCUCCCCCUGUACCCUCUACUGCUCCUCCCCCAGACCUCAACCUCCUCCCACCACCCCGUCCUCCCCCACGUCCAGACGCCCCUCAUCCAGUGCCCUCUUUCCUGCAUUCUCUCCCCACGGCGUCACGUCUCUUGGAGGCGUCAAGUUCGUCGUCUUCCUCAUCCUCGGUGUACCAGCCUUACGUCCCAUUCAGUUCCUCCCUCCAUGACAUCAAGAGCCCAACGGUGGAACUUCUCUCUCCCACUUCCACAACCUCCUCUUCUCUCCCUGACUUCUCCUGUACGUCUUCUGCUUCUCCUUCUUCUGUUUGUACGGCGACAGCUACGGACACGUUGUCGACGUGUCGAGGCACCAGCGACCAGCCUUUAGGUAUCCCUCCCCCCACGCCGCUUCCUCUGCUGCCAUCCCCCGCCCGCAGACCUUCGUCUGGGUCUUUGGGAGGCCAACAGCGUUCGGGUCACCACAUUCCUUCACAAACAAUGGCCUCGUUACCAGCUGCCCUACAAAACCAUCUGGCUAAUCAACUCAACCGAACACCUCAAAAGAAUAAUUCGUCUUCCCCUCUUCCUCCUGCAGCUCCUGUUGGGAGCAGUUCUAAGAAUUUGUCGGCGUUCGACGAUCCGCGUUUUGUUCCGUUCCAUACCCGCUUCCAGAGCACGAGUACGGCGCCUCCCACAGCGCAAGCUAACCCACUUUACAACGCCCAUGAUCUGGCCACGAGUAUACAAACUUCGGGAGCUCGCGAUGCAUCGACAGUAUCUGAGCUCAAUUCUCAAUCUAUGUCAGCCAAUUCUAACGUCGGAAAACCGAAUUUUGCUGCAGCCUUUGCUAGCACUAUGAUCAAAACGGGUGAUCAGCUCGCUGCCAACAACAAUAAUGUCAUCGAACCCAAAAUGUUGGGUUCUUUUAGCGAGUCUUUCGCGCAAAUGAAACUUAAUAAAAGCUUAGUUGCUGAACCCGUCACAUCGUCAACAUCCACUCAAUCGACAAAGCAACAGAAGCCACCUUGGACUUCUUUUGAAUAAUGACUAUAUUCUAUUAGUACUACUGCCAUUUUCUUGAAAUUUGUUGGCAUUUGUUAUUUUUUGACACAAUCGAUUACGGUAUGUGUAGAUAGAGCAUGCUCAAAUAAUUUGCCACCCAAUUUUUAAUUUUCUUAUUAUCGGCAUUGUAUUUAUUCUGAUCUCACGCUUUGGCAUUAUUGCUACUCUUGGAAUUCGCGGUUUAUUAUAUUUUCCCUUUGGCAAACAAUUCGACACACAGACGCUAGCAUUAAAAUCAUUCUUAAUCUUCCAUGGAUAUAUUUUUACUUGUCAAUUAGUAUGAGAAAUCAUAGCUAAUUAUUCUAUUUGCAUGCAAAGUUUGACGCUCUUCUAAUGUGCAUAGACUUGUAUCUUUAUUUAUUGCGAUGUUAUUUUAAUAUACAGAACAUAGGCAUUCGCUGUGAUCAAGUUAUUGAUGAACGAGUGGCGAGACACAAGCUUGACGGCAUGAAAGGCGAUGAAGUGACGUUUGGUGAGAAGUCAAGUUUUAGUUUAGCAACUUCGUGCGCUCUCAACAUUGCAAGGCAGAUUUUCUUUUAAACUAAGACAGUAGCGUUAAGAGUAAAUUCUUCUGUUAAUUUAGCACGGAAUAAUUGAUUUUUCUUCGUAGGCGACCAAAAACAAAAUAUCGUUAAUAGUAUUUAUCUUGGUUAUGGUACUCUGUGGCAGCGCCAGGAAGGUAUCUAUACAAGAAAAUUUAGUGACAAGGCACGUUAGUCUCUGCCUGGUGAUCUUUUACGGCAACAACCAUUAUAUAAAUUCGCAGUCGUUGUUCAUGCAGUUCUUGACAUGAAAUAUUUCAUAGUUUGUAUGUUUAGAUUUCAUUAGGGCAUAAACAGAGCCUUCCCUACUGCAGUUCACGAGGAUUCGGAUGAAUAUGUUCUUGCUACGCCAACCGACAUAUCUUCUGGCAUUCAUACUAUUAGUAACAUACGGCUCACAUGAGUGUUGAAUAUGUUCUACUAUUCCAAUGAAGAAUAUAAUUGAAGUAUCCCAAGCUUGAGCUUCCAAACCCUCGUCACUGCCACACAUUCUUGCCGAUGAGUGAAGAGUUGCAUUUGUUAUCAACAAUUUAAUUAAUUCAUUUAGCCGUCUUUUCAAUGAAAAUUGUGCGAGUUAGUUAGGAUUAUGUUGUGCUACAAUGUUGAGUGUAUUUUCUGCAUUAGAAAUAUCUAUAUUUCUGUCUGUUUUUUAGUUUCAUAGAGUGGGCUUCAUUUCAUGUAAGUAAAGAGACGAUUGAAGGGACUUGCCUAUUCUUAUGGAAAAAUAAUUCAUCAACAUGAUUGACUCUACUCCCAAAAUUUGUCUUGAAGCGCCUCACUUCUUAUUGGCGUAAGGUUUCUAUGUUGAAAUUUUUUGCUAUGCCAAUCUUGAACAAUGUAACACUGAUUCAGGUCGAUGAUUAUAGUGAAUACUAAAUAUUACAUAAACAUUUCUAUUCCAUUCACCAUUGAGGUUCGAAUGACGAUAGCAUUAGUAAUUUUUUACAGAUUUUUCUCGCAUGGCUUACAAUUCGGAACAAAACCUGCAAGUAUUUACUGCUCAGUUUAUUAUAAACUUAAUUACAUUGUAAUGGGUACUUAUACACAUAGAAGCUUAACACUAAGACGUUGAUUGAUUUAUGAUAGGCUUUACAUAUGUAUUCAAUUUAGAAUUUCUAUCACGACUUGCGUAAGGUGAAAUGUUAAAUUUACUAAAUGAUCUUGAUUUUUUCUAAUUUUAUUACAAUUGAUCAGAUCAAAUUUCUCCGCCUCGAUCGCAAAAACAAUACGACCAAGCAAUGAAGCGUCCGAAUUUCUUUUAGUUUCCUCAUUACGAUCCCCGAUAAGAAUUUUUAGCCAAAUUUAAUAUCAUUACUCUGCAUUUUAAUUAUUGUAACAAAAUGACCACAUUAUUUAUAUACCUACAUUAUAAAGAUACUUUAUUACAGUUAUGAUCAACGUUCAGGUAGGCACGUAACAGAUUGGGUGCUAUGCAGCGAACAUUCCAUUAAACCUUAAAUGCUUGUUUAGAUACUCUCUUAUGAACGAUUGAAUUUGUAUAACUUCACUACUAAAUGCUAUUAUAUACAACUUCAAUUUCUACUC